UCUACCUGUCAAGAAUUGCAAUUUUGACGUGAGAAUUGCGUGUCAUUUGUUUAUUUGCUGUUUUGUAAUAUUUAAUAAUUACCAAUCAACAGUCAUUCCAUUGCAUUCCACCAAAUUUCAGUAUCAAACCAUACUCACCUUGAUCAACUGCAGUCAUGUCUUUUGAAACCCAGUACAACUUGAAAAGUCCAGGUGUUAAGCGCCUGAUGAGGGAGGCCAAAGAAUUGGCCGAACCCACAGAGGAGUAUUUUGCCAGUCCAUUGGAAGACAACCUCUUUGAGUGGCACUUCACUGUCAGGGGUCCUCCAGCCACAGAAUUCGAAGGUGGAUAUUACCACGGAAGGAUUCUGUUACCCACCCAGUAUCCGAUGCAACCACCAAACAUUAUCCUCUUGACUCCCAAUGGAAGAUUUGAAAUUAACAAGAAAAUAUGCCUGUCAAUUUCUGGCCAUCAUCCUGAGAGCUGGCAGCCCUCUUGGUCAAUACGAACAGCUCUUUUAGCUCUCAUAGCCUUCAUGCCAACAUCUCCAGCAGGUACCAUAGGUUCUUUGGACUACUCCCCUCAAGAGCGCAAGAAUCUCGCGACCAAGUCGCUGGAUUGGAACUGUAGCUCGUGCGGCAACAUCUCGCAAAAGCUGCUGCAGGCUCCGCCCCCGACCAAUCCCACACAGGAGGAGUCAACGUUGAUCAAAGAAAUCAACUUGAAGGCUGAGGAGGAUUCCGCUAAGAAAGAGGGUGGAGAGAGCAAAGCGAAGGAGGACGAGAAGCUGGAAGAGCCGGUCUCUUCACCGACAGGUGAUCAAAGUACUCUCAGGCAGCGCAACGUCGUCGAUGGUUCGGCUUCUGCUGUGAGCGUUGCUCCUAGCGCAACGGACAGCUUACUCCAAGCGUCCAUCAGAAGCGUGAACAGGGAUAAGUUCUGGUCCACGAUAAUCUGGGUAAUCCUCGCGAUGAUUCUGCUGCUGGUUAUAAGAAGGGCAUUUUUCCUAUAAACUUUUUCACUUUUAAAAUAAUUCUAUAUGAAAAAUUAUAACAUAUUUAAGUUGUACAUAAUCGUAAUAACAUAAACAGUAAUUAAUUGAUUUAAACAAUUUUUAAGAAUUUUUAAGUGCAUCUAAUCUAGUGAUCUAUUUAGUUCCUUUCUGUUUUUAUUACAUGAAUGUAUGAGAGAUGGCAUAAAA